UGAUCAAAUGAGCGGCUCGAACUUUGGACCGAACGCACAGUCGGUGUCUGAAUCCCAGAAGCAGAAGCCAUGGCCGGGCCUCCUGUUGUGAUCUGGAAGCAGGAAGUGGAGCGUCUGUUGCGUUACAGGGAGCUGGUCCCCCGUCUGGAGGAAGCUUUGGGGAAAUGUUCCAGGCGAGACCGCGCAGAAGUGAUCCAGCCUGUGCGCACCUCUCUGCCGCUGCAGAAGCACGACGGCUUCCUGUUAUUGAUGCCUACAUACAUGGAGAAAGACAAAGUCCUGAGCACAAAGUUAGUGUGUUUCUACAAGAGGGAGGAUGGUUCAACUCUGCCAGCCGUGCAAGCCACAGUGGUGCUGCUGGACCCAGAGUAUGGGAAUGUAAAGGCUGUCAUGGAUGGAGAGGUCAUCACAGGCAUGAGGACAGCUGCAGUGUCAGCCAUCUCUGCUAAGCUGCUGAUGCGUCCUGAAGCAGAGGUGCUGGCCAUCUUGGGGACUGGAAAACAGGCCUUGAGUCAUUACGAUGUCUUCACAGAAAUGUUUUUGUUUAAAGAGGUGCGUGUCUGGAGCCGCACCAGACAGGGAGCGGAGCGGUUUUGCCGCUCGGUCAGCGGUCCGGUUACAGUGUGCGCCUCAGUGGAGGAGGCGGUGAGGGGAGCAGACGCCAUCGUGACGGUAACCAGAAGUACAGAGCCGGUGCUCUUUGGUCAGUGGGUCAAACCUGGAGCCCACGUGGCAGCGGUGGGGGCCUGCAGGCCAGACUGGCGGGAGCUGGACGACGUGUUGAUGAAGGAGGCGGUGGUGUACGCUGACAGCAGGGAGGGAGCAAUGACCGAGUCCGGUGACAUCAUCCUCUCCGGGGCGGAGGUUUUUGCAGAGCUUGGAGAUGUUAUCAACGGGACAAAACCGUCCCACAGAGAGAAGACAACCGUGUUCAAAUCUCUUGGAAUGGGAGUUGAAGACGCAGUGUCAGCUGAGCUGGUAUUUGACCAAUGGAAAGCCAAAGCCAGCAAACCAUGAAAUGGAUUUCCAUGUAUUUCAAUCCAGACACAUUUCUGUUAGUUAAAAGAUUUCCAAUGACUACCUUCCCAAAUAAAACUGAGAUCUGGUCUAAAAA